AUGUUCUCGAUUCAUGUAGCAGCACUGCUGGAAUGUUUUUUACUCCAUCAUCUCUAUGCUCAAGAGCCGCCAAACCCGGAAGUAACGACGGAAAAAACUGUAGUGCACAAACAAAAUGUGCAAGGUGCUCGAGAUUUGCAUCCAUACGUACUGCCUGACGAGUUCGUGACCGAAAUUAUAAACUUUCGAAGUGGAUAUAUGAACGAAAAGCCUGUCUACGCCACCAUCUAUUCGACUGUGAAAGAAGACAUCCAUUUUUACAUAUUUCCGCCAAAUCAUUGUCAAGCUGUUUGGUUAUGCCUUGCUGAUGGAUACGGCACUUCUACCACUGGAUAUUUUCAAUUCACACUGGGAACCGUCUGCAGUGAAUCAUUGCGAUUCUUCCCUCUAGAGCAAGUGGUUUAUCACACUAAAAAUAACGCGAUUAAAGCUUACCCUUAUUACUCUACUUUGGUUGAGCUUAUCCACCAAUUCUCGUCGGAAGUUCAACAAAAAUACAUCUUCAAGCCAUACCAAGACUUUGAUGCUGAAGAUUUCGGUAAUGUGCAAAGGGGACCAGAGAUUGAACUGUUGUUGGCUGGAAGACGACUGGUACUUCUGACAUCAAGCCCCUACUGUCACGCGACAAUUCAACAACCUUUCCUUGGCAGCAUAGAAGGGUAUUCAGUUGUAUUUUGGCCACAAGAUAAGGAUAGCUAUUAUGACUCUCCUUACUUCCAAGGUGGAGGUGAUCCACGCCUGGAAAUGAGGGCACAAAUUUGGAUCAACAAGCCUUCAAUAUCCUUCGAUCCACGAAGAGAGAGAGCAGGAUUAAAAAAGGCUAAAAUCGACUGCUGUCCUCCAACAUGGGAAUUUGAAGGCUUUGUCACCGAUACCGAGUGGAACACGGUUCCCAGAAUCUCUUAUCACAAGUACACUCUACAAAAAAAGAAUGUAAUAGAAUGCUUCGAGCAUGACAAAAAGGCGUCACGUUUCCAAUCUAUUCUGAUUGAAGUAGGACAAAAAUGCGAGUGGAUGAGACUUUGCUUCGAUACAAACGAAAAAGAUUUCUGUAAAAACGAUGGAAACACACUUGCUUUCAUUUUCGUCCAUGACGUCUACAUCCCAACAGAUUCAGACGAAGCACGACCUUUGGGACUUCACAGAGAUGAAAUAGAUUCUCUCCGUCUCAACUUCAUCAUUGGCUGGAAAGGGCUUGAGUUGGCCUAUGGGUUCAGUAAUUCUCUGGAACCCGGAAUUGUGGAAUACAUGAGAUUAUACCCCUAUGAUGGCGUAAAUCCCAGCAAUAUUGUUAUCAAUGUCGUGAAAGCACCACACUGCGAGGGUAGGCUCACAAAUGAUCUCGCUUCUACCAAUCUGCGAGAUGGUAAUGAGCGCUACGCUCCACCGCGCGGCUUCGAGCGCUACCGCUUACGCAACUGCUCUAAACUUCGUGUCGUCUUGACCCUACUAUACGCAUAUCUGUCUACGUACUAUCUCUCAGCAGCCCUUUCCACGGAUUUCAUGAAAUCUAGUUCUCAUCGAGAUAACAUGGAGGUUGAUGAGGUUCCUGCCACCUCAGAAGAAGUAAUAAAAACGUUCGUGGAUGAGGAAGUUGUGAACUGUAUGAUGAUGGCAGAUGAUACCUGUAUAACUCCGAUAUUUCAUGUGGAGCACACUGCUCGUCAAGCUCGUAUCGCUGCACAUAGCCAUGUGAAAGGUCUUGGACUUGAUCCUGUAACGGGAGAACCAAUCGAAAAUGCUGGUGGCCUUGUUGGGCAAUCUCUCGCUCGCUCAUCUGCUGCAGUGAUCGUUGAUCUUGUUAGGGCUAAAAGAAUGGCAGGAAGAGCUGUGCUUUUUGCUGGACCACCUGGAACUGGCAAAACAGCCAUUGCCCUGGCCAUGGCACAGGAACUCGGUGACAAAGUUCCGUUUUGCCCGAUUGUUGCAUCAGAAGUGUACUCGAGCGAGGUGAAAAAGACUGAGAUACUUAUGGAAAACUUUAGAAGAGCAAUCGGCCUACGUGUGAAAGAGAACAAAGAAGUUUACGAGGGUGAAGUAACUGAGCUUACCCCAGUCGAAACAUCAAAUCCGCUUGGUGGUUUUGGGAAGACUAUAUCUCAUGUUGUGGUCUCAUUGAAAACUGCCAAAGGUAGCAAACAGCUGAAGCUGGACCCUAGUAUUUAUGAUACUAUUCUCAAGCAGAGAAUAGAGAUUGGUGAUGUCAUUUACAUCGAGGCUAACAGUGGCGCUGUAAAGCGUAUGGGUCGUUGUGACGCAUAUGCCUCGGAAUUUGACCUCGAAGCAGAUGAAUUCGUUCCUCUUCCUAAAGGCGAUGUCCACAAGACGAAAGAACUUGUGCAGGAUGUUACAUUGCAUGAUUUGGACAUGGCAAAUACUCGACCGCAAGGGCAACAAGGAAGCCUCAGUUUACUUUUCAAUCAAUUAUUCAAACCGAAGAAAACUGAAAUCACAGACAAACUUCGGAAUGAGAUUAACAGUGUUGUCAACGACUACAUAGAUCAGGGUGUGGCGGAACUAAUGCCUGGUGUACUUUUCAUUGAUGAGGUGCACAUGUUGGACAUAGAGUGUUUUACCUAUCUUCAUCGAGCACUUGAGAGCACAAUUAGUCCGGUGGUCAUAUUCGCAACGAACAGAGGCAUCAGCAAAAUAAGAGGGUCUGAAGAGUUGUCUCCACAUGGGAUCCCACGUGAUCUGCUUGAUCGUCUGCUCAUAAUUCCCACAGUCGAGUACUCCGUAGAAGAACUUAAAAAGAUAAUCUCCAUACGAGCUUCUGCAGAGCAUGUCACCGUGUCUCCUUCUUGUUUGAAGACGAUAGCCGAAAUCGCACAUGAGACAUCAAUGAGAGCAGUGGCACAGCUUCUGACCCCAGCUCGUUUACAUGCGCAAGCGAAUGGACGUGAUAUCGUAGAGGACGAAGAUAUCAAGGAAAUUGCUGAUCUCUUUGUCAUCAAUCGUCACAAUGAAUAG